UUGUCAGCCUCUCUGUCCCUGUUGCAGGCCCUCUGAUCCUGUGGUAUCCCUCUCUGCUCCCUCCUGUCUCUCUCUUCCUGCCUCCCCAACACACCUUGGCCUCCCUGCCUGCGUCUCUGCCUGGCCCUUCUCUGUUUUGAGCCCCAUCUGCCAGGGUGGUUGGUGGAGGUCUGUCUUCCGCUGUGCGCCCCGCCCCACACGCCCUCUCUCUCCCCGCAGUCUCUCUCCCCAUGUCACCACCUGGACGUCUCCACCUCCCGAGGGUGCGUGGCGCCCCCCUCCUCUUCCUCCUGGGGCUGCUGCUGGCCCUGCUGCCGCCUGGGGCCCAGGGACUCCCUGGCACUGGCCUCCCGCCCUCAGCUGCCCGGAUGGUCAACCAACCCUCCUACGGCCCCCUCAAACCUGCUGCUCACCUCAUUGGAGACUCCGGCACACGGGACUCGCUGCGCUGGAGAGUGGGCAGGGACAUGGCCUUCCUCCGUGGCUUCUCUUUCAGCAACGAUUCUCUCCUGAUCCCCGCCAGUGGCCUCUACUUUGUCUACUCCCAGGUGGUCUUCUCUGGGCUGAGCUGCUCUCUCACGUCCACGCCCAACUAUCUCUACCUGACCCACGAGGUCAGGCUCCUCACCUCUCAGUACGGCUCCCCUCUGACUCUGCUCAGCACCCAGAAGUCCCAGAAGUCUGUCUGCCCAGGGCCACAGGACCCCUGGGUGCGCUCCAUGUACCAGGGAGCUGUGUUUCUGCUCAGACAGGGGGACCGGCUGUUCACCUACACAGAGGGCAUCCACCACCUGCUCUUAAGCCCCAGUACUGUCUUCUUUGGAGCUUUUGCUGUGUAGAACUUGGAAAAUUCCAAAAAGGAAAUAAUUUUUGGUUUCAAGUCCUUCUCACCACUUGGCCUCCAUUCUGACCAUUUCAAGGGUCACCACCACCUCUCCUUUGCCCGUCCCAACAGUCUCGAGUCUCCCCGACUCAAGCCACCUGGAGCUUUUACAGCAGGAAUUCCAGGCCCUCCCGGGGACCACACCUCCCAGAACAUCUGGGUGCCCUGCUGAGAAUCCAGAGGGGAGCUUUUGUCUGCCCAGCUGGUCUAGGUGGGGCCUGGACCUGCCAUGGAGGAGGAGCAGGCAUGGGGAUGCUUGGCUGAGGGCUGGAGUCAGGGAAGGGGGACUAUUUAUGAAGGGAAGUUCUAAGUUAUUUAUUUAUGGAGCAUAGAGAGAGGCCCCA